GCCUACGUGGCGGAGCUGGUGUACCCCGACGAUAAGGGGCGCAGCUCCGCUUCGAGUUUGAGCGGCGAAGGCCAUGGAGGAGGAGGCGAGGAGGAGAGCUUGGGGGAGCUUCGGAGGGGCGAGAUGGAGCCCUAGCUCUGAUCGAGGGGGCUCGUCUUCGACUUCUCGUUCUUGUUUGCCGCGCGAGCAAUGGGGACCGGAUCCGAUUGUGGAGAUGGAGCUCGACGCGGCGCAGGCUCUGGCCGAGAUGGCCAUUCUAGAAGAGAAGGAGGACAAGAGGAUUGAGGACGACGGCUCUCCUUCUAGGUUUCGAGGGGUAAGCUUCAGAGAAGGGAAGUUUUGGGGAUUGGAGCAUGAACAUUUGGUUGGCGACUGUCAAGAAGUUAACAAAGCUGUCAAAGAUAGAGUGAAGGAAAGAAAAAGCGGACAGCAGAUUUCUGAAUUCCCUAAAGCAGACAUCACCUGCCCCACUAGUCACACUCCAUCCUCUGGUAGAGUGAAGCAAAAUCUGACCGAGGCUGAGAAGGAAGCAAAGAGAUUGCACAGGAUCCUCUCUAAUAGAGAGUCAGCUAGGCAGGCAAUUCGUAGGCGACAGGUCAUUCGCGAGGAGUUGACCAAAAAAGUUGCUGAUUUAUCGUUGAAAAAUAAGAAUAUAAAGAUGGAAAAGGAGUUGGUCAUGAAAGAGUACCUUUCCUUGAAGGACACAAACAAACAACUAAAGGAGCAGAUUUCAAAGGCAAUGAGGUGCGAGUUUGGGACAAGUGCAGAGACCAUGUCCAUGCAGGUGGAGAUAUCAGCAUCUUCAUCAACUAAUCUCCCACCAAUGAUAUAUAGCAGACUGCCUCUGGUGCCAUAUGUUUGGCCUCCCUGGCCCAUUUCUACAAUCACUAGACCUUGCCAUGAGCAUGAUAGUCUUGGUAUAUUCAGUGGAUUAAGGCCACAUUUCAAUAUGCCACCCUGUGCUUGGUUUUAUCCGUCUCUACAUGAGAUACCUGGAUCCUGUUCUCAACAUUCUCAUUCAUCUGAAGAAAGACAUGAAGAUCCUGUCAGUAUACGACAUGGUUUAGGACAAUCUUAUGGAGCACUGGAUUAUGAAGAGAAAGCAAUGAUGCAUAGCAGUAAGGAAACAGAUCUUUCUUCGCUGCCUGCAAUUGUCACUCAGAAAGAGGAAAAUGCUACUACGGACAACCAAGGGUUACUUGCAACAAUUCCAACAGAGCAUCAGAUGUCAAGGCAUUGUCCAGAUAAACUAGUGCACAUAUCUUCUCAUUGUAGGACUUCAGUUUCUUCAUCAGAUGCUAAAGGUGGACCAGUGACAGGCCAUGAUGAUGGAACUUCACCAGAAAAAUCCGGAGGAGCUUGUUCUCGCCCUAAUGAGAAAUUAUUGAUUACAGCUGCAGCAGCACAAGCCCGGAAGCGAAGGAAAGAACUCACAAAGUUAAAACAACUCCAUGGAAGACAGGCUGGAUUGCGCUCCUAAGCUCUGAGAUGGAUGGUAAUUAAUGUAUCUCAGCUCAUAUUACCAAGUUUUGAUCCAGAUCAUGUUGGUGGUUGGAGGUUUGGUUUUCA